UCCAUUUCCCAUCCACCUCCCUCGCUCGCAUCUCCAGUUCUCCACUUGCUUUCCUCUACACCGCCCAACCGCGCCGCCGCGGCAGCUCCAGCCGCCGGCGCCGCCCCUUUCACGGAGCACAACUGCUCCCGCUGCGCCGGAUCUAGAGGGCGCAACACAAGAUGGUGCAUCUAAGAUUUACCGGUGCGUCUGAUAGUCGCUCGAGCAAAUCACGAGAGACUAUAGGCGACGUGAUACAUGGCAAGGCCAUCACUACGAAGUUGUCUCUUCCAAAAAUCCGAACUAUUAUUAAGAAGUUAAAUCCUAGGCAGAGGGACUUGGUCAGGGCUCGCGGAUUUGGGACAAUGCUGGAUAUUAAUUGCUCUCAGUUGCCAAGGGAUCUGGGAGUUCGCCUAGCAAUCUGGUUCGAUUGUGACAGUCGAACUGUAAAUGUUCCAAAUGUUGGCAGCUUUGAGAUAAACCCUUUCACAGUCCACCAGAUUCUCGGUAUACCGUUGGGUGGUCGGUUAAUUGACAAGAUAGCAACAAGUGAGGCCAGGAGGGUCAUUGCUGAAGACACCGGAAUACAUUCUACUGGGCCUAGCAUUUCACACUUGAUGAACUUAUUGUCUGAUGACCUCACUGAUGAAAAGUUCCUUAGAAUCUUCAUGCUCAUUUUAUUGUCAACCUUCCUGUGUCCAACCAGCCACUCCUGUGCGAGCCCAGACUACUUCAAUGGCAUUGUUGACACUGAUGAUAUCGCCAACUAUGACUGGUGCAGCUUUGCAUUAGACUGGUUAGUGGAAAAGAUCAGACAGUUUCAGAUCUCCUUGUCCAAGCCAACCGUGAAAGGUAAAGAGCAGUCUAUAUCUCUCGGAGGAUGCUUGAUGAUUCCUUUGGUAACGUUCUUUGAUUAUCUCGAUCUAAAAGGAACAAAGAUUCGCAACUGCAUCCCACGUUUACCAGCUUGGGAUGAUAAAGCCAUCAGCGCGUUUGACAAUAUAAAUUUUGCACAACUAAAGUUCAAAGACAUAACUAAAACUUGUUUCAUGGAAAAGCCAUCAUGUACUCCAUCGUCUCAUACUUUGCCAAAUGGAGUUCUUCACUUCAUCGACGCACUUAUCCCAUCUGAUGAUGACUUCAGGGCAAAGAUGAAGGAGAUGUGCACCGAAUUUUACAAGACGUCAGUGGAUGCAUGCUUGAAUGCACUACAGCCUGUCCUUGCAAAGCAGAUGCGCACAAUGGUUGAAACUAUUCAGAACCAGGUCAAUAACAGAGCUUCAUCAUCUUCAACACCACCAGUCAAUGAACCCAGCUGCAAGGAAUGUAAUUCACGGAAGUGCACAAUGCGGGAUGGUGUAUCCGCCACACCGCUCCAAACAGUAACAGAUACAGAGUUUCACAACCCUUCAGUGGGCCUAGCACUGGGUACGGUAGAGAGCACUGGUGGUGGCGAUAAAUUUCAUUACGACCCAAAUGAUGGAGAUGUGGUAAAUGGCCUGCUAAAAUUACGCCGCCAUGUGGGGGAUAUACCUUUUGGUGCCCUCCCCGCUGACCAAGCUGUUGUUGCCAUGUCAAGUGAGCAAGAUUUUGGUACGGUGGAUUCGCCGUCAGCUGGUACUGAAGUUGGACACCCAGAAAGCAAUCAAAUUUCUGCCGCCGAGUGCUCCAGGCCCUCCAAGAGGCACAUUGACCUUGCUGUUUACAUUGAUUCUGAAUCUGAAUCCUCCAGGCCCCUGAAAAUUCAGAAAACCAGAAAUUCAGCUUGCGAAGACAAAUAGAAACGUCAGGCUGGUCAUGAUUUUGCAGAAUAGGUCCUAAACCCCUAGCAUGCCCAGGUCUCUGCAUCAAUGAAGACCUCUCUUAACUUGAGAAGGCCACAUUCGUCUCAAUUGGCAGAAAGAAAUAUGAUACCAAAUACUUUUUAAUAUGAUAGGUUGAACUUUGUCGAACUGAGCGAAAACUUUUUGGUAGUGUUUGAACUGUGACACCAGAACGCAUGAGAACUAGUCCCGAACCCUGAGCGAUUCGAUUGGGUGUGUUUGCAAAAUUUAUCCUGGUAUUAUCCUGCUCUGUGGACUGUUGCUAGCUGAAGGCAGACUAAACAAAAUGGCGGACGCCAUCUUGUGGUUCUAAAAGAGUGAAGUACUUGGUGUGGUGGAUUACAGAGAACAUGACAGAUCAUGUUUUAGGGAUUUCCUAGCCUCAUCUCAUGUUGCACAACUUUGUUGGAAAAUUCAGAUUAACAUGUCGUAUUCUGUCGAACUGCAAUGUUAUUCUGCCCGAUGAAUGUCGAUCUGAACCCUGAAA